AUGGCCAAUUGGCCAAAGUUAACCGCAGGCCAAAGUUUACCGCAGGCCAAACAGAAGAAUUGCAAGAAGGGAUGCUCACAGCCGCAGUACGGCCGAAAGAAGAAGAGCAAGCCGGCACCGGCACGGAAGAGAAAAGAUUUCGCUGCGCGUGUCCUGACCCUGCUGGAGGAGGAUAAAAGUGCAUUCUUCACCAUCACGCUGAUUUCUUCAGAAAAGGUUGCCAACCUUAAACCCAUGCAGGAGGAUGUGGCCGAGCAGCAAAGCAGCAAUGUGAUGGAGAGUCGGGAUUCAAUUCUUGCGUACUUUCGUAAGAAUCAUCUCGAGUUUACAACUUUGUGGCACGCGCAGUACGCUACACUGUGCAUGCUCAUCGAGCUGCAAAGCCAGUGCAAUGAAAAUGUAAUCGGCUACCGCUGCAAUACAUGCAUGGCUGAAAUUAUUGGAAGUCGUUUCCAUUGCCCAGAGUGUAAGGAUUUUGACCUUGUGCUAAGUGCCAUCCGGAACGCGGCCAUGAUCACCCGAUGGAGCAACAUGGUCGGCGGUGAUUAAAGCUUUGAAG